AUGCUUGACCUGGACUCCUGGCCUCACACUCCUCACGGUGUCCUGCUGCUGACCCUACUGCUGGGACUCCCAGGAGCAGCUUCACGGGAGCUGAAGGUGAUUCAGCCUGAGAAAGCAGUUUCUGUCCAUGCUGGAGAGUCAGCCACUCUCAACUGCACUGUGACCUCGCAGCUACCUGUGGGACCCAUGAAGUGGUUCAGGGGCACAGGACAGAGUCGACAACUAAUAUACGAUUUUACAGGAGAGAAGUUUCCCAGAGUCACAAAUGUUACAGAUGCUACAAAGAGAAACAACCUGGACUUUUCCAUCCGCAUCAGUAAUGUCACAACUGAUGAUGCUGGUACCUACUACUGUGUUAGGUUCCAGAAAGCAGACUCUGACAGAGAGUUUCUGUCUGGGGGAGGCACAGUGCUGUAUGUCCUUGGAGCAGCUUCACGGGAGCUGAAGAUGAUUCAGCCUGAGAAAGCAGUUUCUGUCCGUGCUGGAGAGUCAGCCACUCUCAACUGCACUGUGACCUUCCAGCUACCUGUGGGGCCGAUUAUGUGGUUCAAGGGCACAGGACAGAGUCGACAACUAAUAUAUAGUUUCCAGGGAGAGAAGUUUCCUAGAGUCACAAAUCUUACAGAUACUACAAAGAGAACCAACCUGGACUUUUCCAUCCGCAUCAGUAAUGUCACAACUGAUGAUGCUGGUAUCUACUACUGUGUGAAGUUCAACAGAGCAGACUCUGACAGGGAGUUUCUCUCUGGGGGAGGCACAGUGCUGUAUGUCCUUGAACUGAAGACAUCAGAUACUGCUGAAAUCCUUGUAGCUGUGCUCCUUGUACCCAAAAUGCUACUGGUAAUCGGUGCUUCUGCCAUCUACAUGUACAAGAAGCAGAAGGCCUGACUAUCUUCUCUUCAUCUUCUGCCGCAUUGGACCCUGAAUGUCUGAC